AUGAGUGCCUCAAAGGCGGAGUCUCAAAAAAUCUUUGAGAAGUUGAAGCUCAAGCCCGCAAACAAGAUAUGCUUUGACUGUAAUUCCAAGAACCCGACCUGGUCGUCGGUCCCCUUCGGUAUCUACCUUUGUCUCGAUUGCUCGGCUCAUCACCGUAAUCUUGGUGUCCACAUCUCCUUUGUUCGAUCCACAAACCUCGACCAGUGGCAAUGGGAACAACUGCGAGUUAUGAAAGUUGGUGGAAAUGAGUCGGCAACCAAGUACUUCCAGUCUCACGGAGGAUCCGCUGCGUUGGCGAGCAAGGACCCCAAGACCAAGUACACAUCCACUGCAGCUGUCAAGUACAAGGAGGAAUUGAAGCGACGCGCUGCGGCGGAUGCGCAACAGUACCCCCACGAGGUUGUCAUUACGGAUAUUCCUGCAGGCACUCCAUCAGACGGCUCCGGCACUCCUGCCGGUGACCAGGAUGACGACUUUUUCUCGUCGUGGGACAAGCCCUCGAUCAAGCGUCCCAGUAACCCCCCUUCCCGCACUGGAACCCCACCUGUCGUGAGCCGCACCAGCUCGCCCUUCCUGAACGCCGGCGCGGGCGCCAAUGGCUCUCGCUCGAAAUCUCCCCUGUCUGCAACCGAAGAGAAGGUCUCUUCUCCCGCCCCGACUGCUAUCCGCGCAAACACCGCUGCCCGCAAGACCACCACGACCGGCGCUGCGAAGAAGGGUAGUAUCCUUGGAGCCAAGAAGGUGCCUAAGCUCGGAGCCAAGAAGGUUGUUGCCAGUGAUAUCGAUUUCGAUGAGAUGGAGCGGAAGGCCAAGGAGGAGGCCGAGCGCAUUGAGAAGUUGGGAUACGACCCCGAAGCCGAGCAGGCCGAAGCCAAGGCCGCUUCAACCCCGGCGAUCACCUCUCCCACCCCGAUCAGCCCCAGCCGAGCUGGAUUUGGCGCUACUGGCAAGACUCACGAGCGCAACUCUAGCGAUGUCGAGCGGUUGGGCAUGGGAAUGAGCAAGCUUGGCUUCGGUCAGGUCUCGAAGCCCGCGGCUCCCAAGAAGCUUGGCUUUGGAGCCGUGGCCCCUGCCAAGUCUAAGGCGGAUGAGGAGGAACUCGCCCAGGCGAAGACUCGCUUCGGUACUCAGAAGGGUAUCUCUUCGGAUGAGUUCUUUGGCCGUGACCGCUUCGACCCCAACGCCCAAGCGGAAGCCAAGCAGAGACUCACUGAAUUUGAUGGUGCCACUUCGAUCUCCAGCAAUGCCUACUUCGGCCGGCCCGAGGAUGACCUUCCUGCGAUUGAUGACGGUUACGGAGACCUGGAGAACGCGGCCAAGGACUUUGUUCGACGAUUCGGCAUCACCGCCGGUGACGACAUCGAGAACCUGUCGCAUCUUGUCGGCGAGGGAGCCACGAAGCUUCAAGGUGCUAUUCGCAACUACCUGAACAGCUAA